GAAAACACGCUAACAACACUUAGAUAUUAUUAUUAAUUUGUGAUACUAACUAAAGCGAAGAAGUGAUAAUUAUUUUAAAAUGGAUAUAAAUACUGAAGCAUUAGUCGAAACUCUCAAGUCUUUAAAAUGUACCUACUGUGGAAAUAUACUGUCGAUUGGACCAAUCAUGAUUCAUUCUAUUUCUCAGCAUGAGUAUGAGUACCAGUGUGGCAGAUGCGAGGAUAUUACCCGAAAAGGCCCCCCAGUGAGAGCAUUACUUUAUGAAUCAGUAGCCAAACAUCUUUGGUUUCCUUGUAUAUAUCCAAAAUGUAAUGAAACUUAUCCAUGGGACUUUGUAAAAAUUCACGAAAAAAAUUGUCCACAUAAAACUAAUUGUUGUCAAAUUUCCCAAUGUUUUGAAAAAUUGGAUGAAAAUGAUAUCAUUGCACACAUGACAGAAAAACAUCCUGCUGCCAUAUGUGUUAAUAAUAAUAUUAUUUUUAAUUUUACAAUUAACGAAGACUCUUCUUUCUAUGCUGUUAUAAAUUCCUUUAUAUUUUUGAUAUAUUUUCGCAAUUCUAAAAUAUUUAUAUCAUUGCUUAGUAAUAAUUCAAAUAAUGUCUUCAAUUUUACUGCUAAACUUAGGAAUAUUGAAGAAAAGACCCCUUAUACUUAUGUGAGGGGUAGAGUCAUUAAUAAAUUCGAUGAAAAUCGACAUUGUAGCAACUGCAGAGAUCAUAGACUAUCCAUAGAGAAAAAAUUAGGUCCCAGAAGGUCUUUAAGAAUAGCUAAAGUCAAAGAAGAAGUUGUGGCAAACGAAACUGUAAAACAAGUAGCAGUAGCUGAAGUGAAAAUAUAUCAUUACCAAUUUAUAACAAAUCAUUUCUGCAGAUUGUAUCCAGUUGGUAAUUGAAAUUCAGGACACAGAAGAAGAAUUGUUUUUAGCGGAAUCCACAACCGCGGAUUCAGAUACAAUACGUAAAAUUUUAGAGUGUGUUGUACGUAUGGAAGAUAUGGUUUCAUACAUUUAUAUGUGUAAAGGAGGUCACGAAAUUUGUGCAAAUUGUAUUAAAACGACCCGUGUUGAGCUGGCCCCCCCACUUGCAAAAAAUCAAAAAACAAAUAGCCCUGAUUUAUGAGCUAUUUAUGAGCUUUCAUAUUCCGCAAACUAAAAAUUUUGAGCU